UGGAAGUUGUCAUAACUCAGAAAGAUUCAUGCAAACUUUUAGAGGGUAUACAUGUGUUUUUAAAUAAGAGUGGAUGAUACCAGCCUCCUCUGCAGAAUCCCAAAUCCUUCAACUUAAUAGCUAUUAAUAAAAGUUGUUGUAGUUAAAAAUGUAAUUAAUAACCAGAAUUUCUAUUCUUUCUAAUAACCAGAGACUAAAUCAAUCAAAUACUUUGUUUGUUUAUUUUUAAAACGUUUUAAUGUCGGAAUGUUGAGUUUUUUUAAUUUCUUUAAUCUUUUGCUGUGAUGUCAUCGGAAUGUCAUGAUGUCAUUCAAAGAUCAAAGCCAAUAGAAUGUUUCUUUGAUUCAAAAACGAACAUUCUCUCUUAAAAUCUACAUCUAGGAUCCAAAUCCAACCUGGUUCACUUCAGAUUCUUCAGGACACUUCUUCAGGACUUCAGAUCAAAGGAUACAAACAGCGACGAGAUGGAUCAAGCCACAGUGGAGAGUAUUCACGCCCUAAUCAGUCAGAGCCUAGAGCAGCUGACAACCGUACAGUGGUCGCUGCUGGAGUCAGGGACUCUAGAUAAGAAGGCUGAGGAUGUUAUUAAUAAUAUGUGUGUGGAUAUAAUCAAUAUUAUAUUCAUACAUGUUUACGGGUUGUACAAACAGAGCCUGCUGAAGAGGACAGACACUUCCAAAUCCGCCAAAAGCAUCUCUGAAGACGAUGUCCGCGGGUGUCUGGGUGACACUAUCUUACUGGCCUUCUCGGAGGCAACCGGGGUCACCAACAUCAGUUGCCUAAGCAUGGAGAAGGUAACAGACACCAUGGUUGCAGAGGUCACAGAGAGAGUGAAUGAGCUCUCCAAAAGCUCUGGAAGGGGUGGAGGCAGCAAGGAGGGUAGUAAACCUCUCGUCUCAAGUUCAUUCACCCACAGACUGAAGUCGAUAUGGCAAGAAUCCUUAAAAACUGCACAGGAAAGGACAGUGCACUGAUUGGAACCAGGGAGUCAUGGCAGACCCCCAUACUUCCUUUCAUUGAAGAGACAGAAACUGACGAGUCUCAGAUGAGAUUGGCUGAGAUUCGUCAGUUUCUGGAAAUUUCUUCAGGAAGUGGCUGCAUGACCCCUUUCUCAGAAUCAGCUUCUAUCACUCAGGAGGUAGCUGUCAACAAUAAGGUUGGUCACACUUUGGUGGUUAAAGCCAAACCACGUUCCGCCCCUGUUCAGUCCGUAGACUCACUGAUCAGCAAUAAGGUUGGUGACACUUUGGUGGUUAAAGUAAAACCACGUUCUGCCCCUGUUCAGUCUGUAGACUCACCGAUCAGCAAUAAGGUUGGUGACACUUUGGUGGUUAAAACAAAACCACCUUCUGCCCCCGUUCAGUCUGUAGACUCACCGAUCAGCAAUAGGGUUGGAGACACUUUGGUGGUUAAAGCAAAACCACGUUCCGCCCCCGUUCAGUCUGUAGACUCACCGAUCAGCAAUAAGGUUGGUGAAACUUUGGUGGUUAAAGCAAAACCACGUUCUGCCCCCGUUCAGUCUGUAGAUUCACCGAUCAGCAAUAAGGUUGGUGACACUUUGGUGGUUAAAGCAAAACCGCGUUGCGCCCCCAUUCAGUCUGUAGACUCACUGAUCAGCAAUAAGGUUUCUCACACUUUGGUUGUUAAACCAAAACCAUCUUCUGCUUCCAUUCAGUCCGUAGACUCACCGAUCAGCAAUAAGGUUGGAGACACCUUGGUGGUUAAAGUAAAACCACAUUCUGCCCCCGUUCAGUCUGUUGAUUCACCGAUCAGCAAUAAGGUUGGUGACACCUUGGUGGUUAAAGCCAAACCACCUUCCGCCCCCGUUCAGUCCGUUGAGUCACCAAUCAUUGGUGAUGCUGGUGAGGCUUUGGUUGACACCACAGCACAUCCAGCACAUCGGUGGAACGAAACCAGCUGCAGGUUAAUGGUCAUUGCACUAGUUAACAAAAUUAUGAAAAGCCAUAAAAAUCCGGACGGCCGUCUGACUUGCGACGACAUUGGAACCAUCAGCAGGUCUCUGGUGGAGCUGCUUUGGGAACAGAUCGCAGGCUCCGAUGGUUCUGCAAAGCCGAGCGACCAUCACUUCAGAAGGGUCGCCAAGGCGGUGCACAAAGACUUGUGCAAGGAGACAGGCGACGCAGAGAUCCUGCAGAUGUGCCUGCUGUCCCGUGAUGCAUCUAUUUACAGAUACAUAACUGAGACACUGACACAACAUCUGGUGACACCACAGAAGAAGACAGGCGUGAACAGAUUCUUCUCACGUCUCUUCAGCACCAUGGCCAAGCCGUUCACUGCCUGCUUCGGACGCAAAAAGUAAUCUUUGGUGGUUUCUAGGUGGUUGGAUAGGACAGACACAGACGCGUACUAUCUGAAACGACAACGGGUUUAGUCCGAGAGGCUUCGGUUUCCCCACAUUUUAAACCAGAAUGAAAAAAGUUUAGUCUGGUAGCUCCGAGGAACUGUUAGAAAGAGUUCGGUCUAGACCUGCUCUAUUUGAAAAGUGUCCUGAGAUAAAUGAAUCUACCUGGAUGUGACACAGGACAACAGGUGUCGUAGGGCCACACAGGUGCUUCGGUGUGUAACACUGUGGCCUUGCAGCUGUAAGGUGAAGGUUCAGUUCCAGCCUUUGACCCCCUUUGCUGUGAGGAGUACAGAGUGCUCGCUGUGCCCACCCUGAACACAUUAACAUGCUGUUAUUCAGUCAAAGCGACUAAUGUUACUAAUUUUACAUAAAUUUAUAAACUUAUUAACAGUAUUAAACUUGAAUCAACACUUUAAUCACUUUAGUCAGUCGUUUGUAGACGUUUGGAAACUUAACAGCACUACAAUAAACGAUCACGAUUUCCACCUGUUUUCGCUGUUUUUCUUCCACCACAUUGCGUUCAUCAUAUACAACGAUAAAGAGCGAACAACAACACAGCUAGUAGUGUAACUAAUGUUACCGAUGUUGUGGGUUAGCUAACAGUCUCCUGCUACUGUAGCUAACAUCACAACAACGUCAGACCAUGAAUAUUUUAUCAUCUACGUCGGUGAAUUAAGAAUUUAUUUCCACCAAACCAGAGUUGGUGAUUGUUGGAAACACUAACAGAGACGCUUUUAAUCAGUUUGAUUCUGUUUCUGUCCACUUUGAAUGAAGUUAUUAUGUUAGAAGGUAAAAUGAGUGUUUUUGUCUCUGGAGUCUGGUGGAGAGUGAUAGUGAUAUUAUGGCUGUUUGUGGUUAGAAGGUAAAAUGGUCGGAGAUGCUCCAGUGCGACCUCUAGUGGCACCGAAUGUCAUAUGUAAAACCUUUAAAGAACCUGUUUCUGUGGGACAUGAUGUCCUUUAUUUUUCAUGACAACUGAUUGAUUUUCAAUCAGAAACUGAACUCGGAUUAUGUCUCUGAACUAGAAAUGAAGCUGAAUGUCAGUGGAGGAGUCAGUUAGCUGGAAUAAUUAGCUCGUGUUUGUUUCCUGUUUACAGAACCAGGGCUGUGUACAGUCACAUUGCCCAGAAUCACUUAGCAAACCUUUAAACUGUAUUUAAACCCAGAGGACCAGAGGACAGACGGUAUGAGCAUCAUUAGUUCAGCACAUUUUCACUCUCAUGAGAACAAAUAUUUACUUCCAUAAGCAGCUGGAAGUUUUCUGCCCUAUUUUCCUAAAACUUGAUGCAAACAUGGACAGAAUCUGUUGUUUCAGCACCCAGAACUGCCUCCGUCCUCGAGUGUGACUAUAACUCUGACUGUCAGGAGGAAGUCCACGCAGCGAGGAGGUUGGAUGGAUCAGCACAACGUUCCUGUUUCCUUACAGUCAGCUGCUAACUUAGCCUCGUGAUACCGGACGAUACGUACAGCGCUGAUGGUCCCCUCCACAGCGGAUCACUUCAUAACACAGAGAACUAAUGCGUCUCACUCCGUCUGUGCUAAGAGUCUACUUAUAACCACAACUAAAGUAAAUUAUUAAGUUUCUUAAGUAAUUUAAAGGUUUUAUAUAUGAGAUAUUAAACAUUAUAUUGUCUAUAUACAGAGUGCCUGUGUUGUAUCGCAGCCUCUCUGUGGUUUGUUUCCAUAGCCGGUCUGCUCCGACUGAAACUGCUGUUUUUAUCAUCUACGUCGGUGAAUUAAGGAUUUAUUUCCACCAAACCAGAGUUGGUGAUUGUUGGAAACACUAACAGAGACGCUUUUAAUGACUUGUAUUCUGUUUCUGUCCACUUUGAAUUAAGUUACAAUGAUCUGAAGGUAAAAUCAGUGUUUUUGUCUCUGGAGUCUGGUGGAGAGUGAUAGUGCUUUAUUUCCACCAAACCAGAGCUGGUGAUUGUUUUGGUUUCUGUCCAGUUUAAAGUGUGUUUUAUGAUCUUCAAUGGAGUCGGGUGGGCCUGUUGUUGCCGGCGCUCUAGUGGCAGUGAAUGUCGUAUAUUUAACCUUUAAGGAGCUGUUUCUGUGGACGAUGUUGUCCUUUAUGUUUCAUGAUGAAUUUAAUGAUCCCUCCAAUCAAAGCUACAGUAACGAAUCUGAAUAUGAGCUGAACUGAUUCAUUAACAGGAAACCAGUGAGACUCACUUUAUGGAUUAUGACCUUGAAUACCAGAUAAACGGGUCUGAACUCGCCACCGCGAUGUCUCUGAGAGCAGCUGUUUGAUCCUCAGAUAGUUCUGUGCUGCUGUUUCUGAUUAAAUAUUUAUUGGAGCAACGUGAGUGCCGAGAGGAAACAGCAGCAAUAUAGAAUUUAUAAUGAGCUCCCAGGAUGCUACAGAAUUGGCACGGAAGCUAACGGCGCUCUACAUAUUUGAUGCUAGCACGUAGCUAAUGGACGCAGUCAUAAUGUAACCUCUGUGUCAAUCGAACACGGUGUGCUCCUUUAAGAGUGUCGCCAUGGCGACACACCCUCUCGCUCAUCCCCCUCGCCAUGUGGAGGGGCGAGCGAGCUUAACCUUAGAAAAAGAGAGAGAGAGAGACAGAGAGAGAGAGACAGAGAGAGAGAGAGAGAGAGAGAGAGAGACAGAGAGAGGGAGUCAGCAGACUUUUCAAUUAUUUAUGAGGCUGUUCUGUACACACUCUAACACACACACACACUCACACACACACACACACACACACACACACACACACACACACACACACACACACACACACACACACACACACACAUCACA